AUGGCCAAGCUGCAAUUGGCCACAGGGGCGACGAAUUUGUGCUGGAACCAGGUAUUUGUUUUGCUGGAUCCACCCAUUUGUUUUGCUACAACCCCUUUCUCCUUUUGCUAUCAUCCCCAUUCGAUUUUUUAUGAACAUUUGGAUUUUUGCUGGAACCGGGGCCCGUUUUUGCUGGAACCAACUGGUGGAUAUGCUGCAAGGUCGACACCACGCCGGAGGAAGCUGCAUCCAGUGGCAAGGAGGGUUGCGGCCAACGCCGUUCGAACGCUGGAAGUUGCAACCGUGUACGCUGGAGCUACAACGGGCGACUGGGGGAGCCGCAAGCGGGGUGGCUGUAUUUUGCUGAACAAUUUUCUUUUUGCUGGAACCGAUGUAUUGUUUUGCUGGAACCGAGAUAAAUUUUUGUUUCAUUGGCUGCAGAGUUCUCAAAUGCUCAUGUCAUUUUUGCUGGAACCUAAGUUUGGUUUUGCUGGAAGCGUUUUUUGA